AUGAGCCUCGAUUGGCUAUAUAGCUCCAUCCAUCUGUUCCUUCGUCCACGUCGCCUCGGCCACUCGUGGGGCUCAAUUGCACUCCUCCGUGGAUGGCAGUUGCGUGGCUCAGUUGAUAUCUGCCCUCUUGCCUACCUUUGCCAACUGAAGUGUCCAAAACUGAAAUUUGACCGGUACUCGGAUAUCAUCGAUCUGUCGCCUCCGGUAGAACAGUUACUGGCCCAUUCUCCCAGUGUUGGAGUGGCCCAAAUUAAGACCCGUGCUGGAUCCGACUCCAAGAAGUCUCCAGUUCUUUCUCGAAUCCCGCUCCCCAGUACCCAUGAAAACAUCUACACCAUCCCCAAUAUCCUAACCUUCUCACGUCUGGUCGCUGCCCCUAUGGUAGGGUAUUUUUUGGUCCAUAACCAGCAUGUGGCCGCGCUAAGUCUCUUUGCAUAUGCUGGCAUCACGGACCUCGUUGACGGUCAUAUUGCACGACGCUAUAACCUCCAAACAGUGGUCGGAACGAUUAUCGACCCGAUGGCCGACAAGCUGCUCAUGACCAUUGGUGUGGCUUGUCUCGCAGUCAACGGGUCUAUCCCUCUUUGGCUUGCAGUCAUCAUUCUCGGGCGAGAUGUCGGUCUUGCCCUAUCUGCGAUCUACUAUCGCUGGAUCUCUCUCCCUCCGCCCAAGACCAUGGCCCGGUACUGGGACUUUUCUCUCCCUUCUGCAGAAGUGAAGCCCACGACGAUUUCCAAAGUCAACACGGCCUUGCAGCUUCUGCUCGUUGGAAGUGCCAUCGCAAUGCCGGUGGUUCCUGAAGCGUUUUUAGAUGCAUUGAACCUUAAGGAAAUAAUGACUGGAUUCCAGUGA